UUACUGGUCAGUAAAUCUCCAGAUACACACACAAUCGCACAGAUAUCACCACAUCGACAGGAAUGGAGAGAAUCACACUGACGUCUCUUCUGCUCACAGCCGUGGUCAGUUUGUCUGCAGGCGCUUUGCGUCAGUAUCACUUUGUGAAUGAGAGAAAGAAUUGGACUGAAGCUCAGACACACUGCAGAGAGAAAUACACAGAUCUGGCCACAAUCACCGACACACAACAUCAGACCGACGCAGAGCGGGUCAUAAAGAGUGUGAACCCUGAUCCUGGACGUGUCUGGAUCGGGCUGAAGAAAACAUGGAUAUGGUCUCUGAAUGACCCCACGUUCUACACAGCAAACGAGUCCCAGUACAGGAACUGGGCACCAGCAUCACAACAAUCACAACCACCAUAUAAAGCACAACCAGAAGGAGAUGGAGACUGUGUUUUUAUGAUGAAGGCUGAUGGACAAUGGCAUGAUGAAGCCUGUAGUUCCACAAGGCCAUUCAUCUGCUAUAAUGCCAGCAGUAAAACAUGGGUCCCUGUAAAUGUGGCAAAGACUUGGACUGAAGCUCAGAGUUAUUGUAGACAGAAUCACACAGAUCUGGUCAGUGUGAGGAACCAGAGUGAGAAUAAUGAGACUAAGAAAAUCAUAGAACAAAACCUAACUACAUCUGAUAAAGCCUGGAUCGGUCUGAAGAGACUCUGGGUUUGGUCAGAUAACAGCAGCUUCACAUUCACACACUGGCUCACUGGUGAACCCAAUAUCAAUAAGAACAGAGAUGAUGUCUGCACCGCGAUUAAUAUCAAAGGCCACCAAGGACGAUGGACCGAUGAUGAAUGUAAAGAAAUGUAUCCCUUUGUGUGUUAUGACGAUAAACUGGUUCUGAUCAGACAGAAUCUGACGUGGACAGGAGCUCUGAAAUACUGCAGAGAUGAAGACAUGGACCUGGUGUCGGUGGACUCGCCGGAGAUCCAGCUUCGGGUGGAGAACGUGUCCUCGAUGGCCUCCACUGCUCACGUGUGGCUGGGUCUCCGUCACUCCUGCGUGCUCGGCCUCUGGUUCUGGGUCAACGGUCAGACCCUGUGCUAUGAGCACUGGGAUCCGGGUCACGGCACCGGGGAGGAGAACUGCAUUACGACAGUGAGAUCCGGAGCCAUUCAGACCAGCAACCAGCUCUGGAUCAGCCUUCCUGAAACUGAGACACACAACUUCAUCUGCACCAAGUGAGAGAGAGAGUCGAGUGACGGUUUAUGAAGAUUCAAUCAAGCCCUUUGCCGUCACAUUAUCUCCAUUUAAAGUCCAUAUAACCUUCACUUUUCUGAGAUCAAUUCAUGUGGUGAUGGAUUCAAACAUUUACUUAUUAUUGUUUAUAUUUAUAAAUUUAGAACAUAUUAUUUUGUCCUUAACACUUACAUUUACUUUUGUGGACUUGAUAUAUUUUGCAAAGUCCAUCAAAAAUAAUUGCAAGUUUUAUCAUUAUAAUAAUAUAUGAUACAUGCACACUGAGUUUACUUACAAUCCAAGUGUCUGCAUCAUUAUGGAUUAUUUCCAACAGAUCUGAAAAGUGCACAGGUGAAAAUGUGAGAAAGUGCAAAAAUCAUAUUUAUCAUGUUUUUCACCCAUUCCGAAAUCAUAUUUUGCAUAAAGAGAACAUUUAAACAGUUACAAUUAAGCACAU